CCGUUUCAUGAACUAAAUCAGUCAAUAAGGGGGUCAAGUUGAAUGCAUGGCAAGAUAGACAAGUGUCCAGACCUGUAGUUCUAAGGCCGUGUAUGAUAGGCUAUCAUCUAUCGUGAUGAUAUUCUAUCAUAGAAUAUGGAAACUACAGAAGAUACCAUGGAAGUUAUUUAAAACCUUGUCUUACGUAUACUUAAAUAUAUAAAUAUAUAUUUAUGAUGUAAAAACUAGAAGAAAAAAACGAAUUUUGAAUGUAAACGGAUUAUAAUUUAGGACAGGUGUUUUUUUUUUUUUACAAAUAGGAAAGUAUUGCUUAAAAUAAAAUGGUACUUCAUCAAAUAUAAUAUUUCGGUGUGUACUUUUCAAAGCAUUCAAACACUGGACUUUGGUAUUUUCAAUUUUUUUUUGACCUCUUCUUGUCUGAAAGAAAACACCUUAUUCUAUGACCUUGUUGAAAUGAAGGUUUUGUUGUUAAUGUUGUUCUAUGGGUUUGUUUAUGUAAAUUGUAAAGUUUUUAAUUUAAUUUUUUACCAAUUGCUGUUUGUAUUUGCUUUCGCGUGUACGCAGGCUUGUGUUUGUGUUCUCCGGUAACACUAUGUCAAAUUCAAAUGACGAAACAAAAAAACUUUCAGAUAUGUUUGAUGAAGGCCUCGACGCAUUUAAUUCGAUAUCCAACACUGAGGAACCAACAAAUAGUAGUGGCAUUCAAGUGCGUAUCAGGAAGACUAUGGCCUUACUGGAGGAUGCUACUAGACUAGUGUCUCUGAUUGAUAUGUUCAGUCCCAACGAAACCAUUGAGGACGUCGCCACAGAAAACAUCAAGUACUUUCUCCUCCCUGCGUUGCUGGGCACGCUGAGUCUCAAGAUGUGCGUCGAGGACCGCCUGGAAGUGGUGAACACAGCUGAAGUGUACUUCAUGGACUUCCUGCAGCGGUGCAAUGCUUACGGCAUUACCAACCUCAGAAUACCCGAGAAGGGUGAAGCGGAGGAUUCUCCAUCGCAGCCUCAGCAGCAAAGCUUGGUGGCGAUGGUCGAGACAAGGAACUCAAAAAUCAGGCGAUACACUGAGAAGAAAGAGUUGGAGGAGCAGCUGAAAAUUUUGAGGAAGUCGGACACUUUUGCCACGGAUGAGGACACAAAAAGGAAAUAUUUCCUUGCGAUGGUGAAAUCGUUUGCCUUGGACGCAAUAGAUGAGCUGGACAGCAUCAAGAAAGAGAAGCCACUGGUGGAGUACAUGUCAAACCUGAAGAAGGAGGGCCGGUCGGAGCCGGAGAAGCCCAAGAGGUACCCUCACAAGCCGCUGAAGCCAAUCAUCAUCACCAGGGACGAAAUGCAGAAGAAGGUGUUCGGCACCGGCUACCCUAGCAUCCCCACCAUGACUCUGGAGGAGUUCUAUGAGAAGAGAGUUCAGGACGGAGACUUCCCAAACCCUCUCGCCAUGAGAUCCAGGACGCUGCAGGAUGUGGCUUCUGCCGAGGCAACGCCCGAGCUGCGGGCCGAGCAGGAGGCGGAGGAGAAGGAAGAGCGAAUAGAGAGCGACGACCCUGAAGAGCUGCGCCGUGCUCGCGAGUUCGACGAGUUCAAGGACGAGCAUCGGCGAGGAGAGGGCAACCGCAUGAACAGGAGUUAAAAACGUUUUUUUUGCCAUAGUGUGCUUCACAGGACUGAUUAUACACAUGUCUGUACGUCUAUAAUUUUUGUUAUAGCAUUGGGAGGAUAUUUUUAUUCCAUGCACAAAUGUUAAUUUAUUGCAGAGUUUCAGUCUUUAGAUUUAAAAUUUUAUGUAUAUUUCAGUUAUAUCAUUUCCCUUUAUUAAUAAAUUGAAAAUUAUCAAA